UUACAGCGUCUCAUAACUAUGGCAGAACGGAUUCAUUUUUACGGCUUUCAAGUACCAGAUCUAAAGAAGUAUCUGCAAGAUAGGGGUAUAAGCUGCAGCAUAGGCAGGAAAAUAGAUCUUGUGCGCUUAUGUGAGCUUGCAGAGGAACUUCGUCUUGAGGUUUUGACAUCUACAAAUGACGAAGAAGAGUACGCUGUGUUUGAUGAAAGGCGCAGGACGGUGACAGUGGGGGACAACAAAAUUAUUUUAGACCCUGUAAAUGCUGUGACCGAUUGGAGUAAGGAUUUGGCCAGUAUACCAGACUUUGAAUCGUGUGAUGUGCUGGUAUACUUUAUGAGAUGGUGCGGGUGGACUCACGAACGACUAAGACUUUAUAAGCAGGAUAAUGGUUAUCGCUUACACAUGGCUUGCCAUAUCGACGAUGUCAAAGCUGCCUAUCAUGUCCACCAGGAAUAUAUUUACUUGACGGCAACUUGCAUGCCUGAGACCAGACAAAAUGCCCAGCCUUAUGAUGUCUGGAUCUUGGCAAACAAGACAACUGGUGAAAUUUUGUCAGGUGGAUGCACUUGUGUGGCGGACAAUGGAACUUGCAAGCACUGUGUUGCUUUUCUAUUUUCCCUAUCAAGUUUUUUUGAGCGACACAGAGACCGAGGAACAGAAGUAGGCACCGACAUGCAAUGUGUCUGGGAUAAACCUAGAAAGAAAUCCAAUCCCCAGAAGAUCUCUGACAUAGAUAUGAGGGUGGACCAGACGCAUCCCCAACCAACAUCCGCAACUACUGAAUCUUACAACCCAGUCGUUCCCAUUCAAGGUCCAGUGGCCAACCAUGAGAGGGACUUCUAUGAAUUGUGCAGAGGCACAGGGGCGCUUCUGUUACAAACUUUGUAUGAUGAGUCUUUUGUAAGUGAUGAUGAUGAUGAUAAUGUACUUCCAUCAAUGUCAGAUGCCUGCAAAAAUAUGCUACCCCCUUAUGACAUUUUUUCUGUAAAUGAAAAAUUGAAGAAUAUUUUUGAUAAGAAAAUAAUUACCGAAAUUGAAGACCAAACUAAAGGGCAGGAUGAAAAUCAAAAAUGGUAUGAACAAAGAAUUGGUAGAAUUACUGCUUCACAUUUUUCAUCAGUGUUGCAUUUUAGGUUUACUGAAAAUGAGGAAAACUAUAUUUCAAAAAUGAUUAUGGGGAAAACUUCUAAAGUAUCUGUACCCUCUUUGGCAUUUGGCAAGCUACACGAACCUGUCGCUAGACAGUUAUAUUUUGAACAAUAUAAAAAGCAGCACAAACAUGCAGAGAUUAAGUUAUGUGGCUUAUAUGUAGACUCAGAUUAUCCAUUUUUAGGGGCUUCUCCAGAUGGUGUUAUUAAGUGCAAAUGUUGUGGUGAAGGAUUACUUGAGAUAAAAUGUUCCUUCUUGUAUCAAAAUAAAAUGCCCAAAGAUGCUUGUAUUGAUGACCAUUAUCAUAUUGUCUUGGAUGAAAAUGAAAAUAUAAAACUGAAAUUUGAUUCUCCAUGGUACAUACAAAUUCAAGGCCAGCUAGGUGUGUGCAAAAAACAGUGGUGUGAUUUUGUAUUUUACACAAAAAAGGGCUUUAUUGUUGAUCGUAUAUAUUUUGAUGAACUCAUCUUUCAGAGGAUUGUUGAAAAAUCUGAAAUGUUUUUUGAGAAAUACCUCUUUAGAGCACUAAGACAAUUGUAAAAAUAAUUAUAUCACAGCAGAAAUGUGGUUUUAAUGCCUAACACUUAAGUUUUCAACUCAAGUUUAA